AAUUCGCUACAUCAAAAAAAAAACUAUAAAAUACAAAUGUAAAAAUGUUACAUAUUUUGCAGCCCAUCAGCGAGUUGUGCUAUUGAAUAGUUAAUCUUUUUGGCUUGAGUGUGUUGACACUAAGCCCUGUGAGCCAAACUCCACACUCCAAAGGAUUUUCAUAGCGUGUGCGUCCAGAAACGACAGCAGUGCGUCAAUAUGUUGAACAUCAGCAAGCUGCUUCUGUGUCCUCUCACCUAUAACCAUUCCGAUCAUCUCCUCCAGCCUCUCUGGAACCAUCUGCUUAUUCACCACCGGCAUCUCAUCUCGUCUCCUCUAUUCCCGGUCCUGCUCGCUUUUUCCAGCUAUGUCAUUUUUAGCACACCUUUUGCAGUUAUGGACCUGCUGGGAGAAAGAGUGCCUUUGUUUCACAAGUUCAAGAUCCAGCCAGGAAAGCGUCCCACACUCAGAAUGCUGGCGAGGAGUUUCCGGAUGAGUCUUUUUAAUCACGUUUUCUUUGUCCUGCCGAGUGUGGUGAUCAGCAUGUUCAUCUUACCUCUGCCAGGGUUGCCCCCCCAGGAAGCUCCGGCGCUCGGCGAAGUUUUUGUGGACGGCUUGGCUCUUCUUCUCUUUGACACCCAGUACUACAUAUGGCACGUUGUACACCACAAACACGUGCAGUUGUACCACUACAUCCACGCCAUUCACCAUAAAUAUUCCGCUCCCUUCUCCUGGUCCACCGAGCAGCUCAGCAUCCCAGAACUGAUGACGGUAGGACUCUGGAGCAACCAGGACCCCAUUCUGCUUAAGUGUCACCCUCUCACCACUUGGUGUCUGGAGGAUCACAUUGGCUAUGACCUACCAUGGGGCCUCAAUCGCCUCGAGCCCUUCGGUUUGUUGGGAGGAGCGCCUGCUCCUGGCAUGCACCAUCAGAGACCAAACAGAAAUUACGCUCCCUUUUUCAGCCACUGGGACAGAAUUUUUGGGACUGCUGUCACACUCAGGAAAAAACGAUGA